GAGAAAAGUCCCCUUCGUUCGGCGAGCAAAUCACGAUUUGCGUUUACGUUGACAGCGCACAGCUAAAUUUCAAUAGUCAUCUUGCAUGUAGCAGCGCGCAGUUCGCGUUCGGGAAAACACAAAGCCGUUAUUAACCAAAUCGUUUGCAACUCAUUCUAACGCAUCACCGUACCACAAUCAGUCAGCCAAUCCGUCGCAGUAAUGGCAGGAAAUUUGGAGGAUCGUGAAAUCUGGGAAGAUUCGGAGGAAGCACUCGGUGAGGAAGUGCUCCGGAUGCCAACCGACGAGCUGGUAAGUCGUACCCGGCUGAUGGACAACGAGAUCAAAAUAAUGAAAAGCGAGGUGGUCCGCAUCAAUCACGAACUGCAAACGCAGAACGAGAAAAUUAAGGACAACACGGAGAAGAUAAAGGUGAACAAAACGCUGCCGUACCUCGUCUCGAACGUUAUCGAGCUGCUGGAUGUUGAUCCACAGGAAGAGGAAGAUGACGGUGCGGUAGUGGUGCUAGACUCGCAGCGGAAAGGCAAGUGUGCGGUAAUCAAGACGUCCACCCGCCAGACCUACUUUCUGCCGGUGAUUGGGCUCGUAGACUCGGAUAAGCUGAAGCCGGGCGAUCUAGUUGGCGUGAACAAAGAUUCCUACCUGAUUCUGGAAACACUUCCGGCCGAGUACGAUGCGCGCGUGAAGGCGAUGGAGGUGGAUGAACGCCCGACCGAACAGUACUCCGAUAUCGGUGGGCUGGACAAGCAGAUACAGGAGCUGAUCGAAGCGGUCGUCCUACCGAUGACGCACAAGGACAAGUUCAAAAACCUCGGUAUUCAUCCACCAAAGGGUGUGCUGCUGUAUGGACCGCCCGGCACAGGCAAAACACUGCUGGCCCGUGCCUGUGCCGCUCAGACAAAAUCCACCUUUCUCAAGCUAGCCGGACCGCAGCUGGUACAGAUGUUCAUCGGUGACGGUGCAAAGCUGGUACGGGAUGCGUUUGCACUAGCGAAGGAAAAAUCACCCGCCAUUAUCUUUAUUGACGAGCUGGACGCAAUCGGUACGAAGCGUUUCGACUCGGAGAAGGCUGGUGAUCGCGAGGUGCAACGCACCAUGUUGGAGCUACUGAAUCAGCUCGAUGGGUUCAGUUCGACCGCCGACAUUAAGGUGAUUGCCGCCACAAACCGUGUGGACAUACUCGAUCCGGCCCUGUUGCGUUCGGGUCGACUCGACCGAAAGAUCGAAUUUCCGCAUCCGAACGAAGAGGCACGAGCCCGUAUCAUGCAGAUCCAUUCCCGCAAGAUGAACGUCAGCCCGGACGUCAACUUUGAGGAACUGGCCCGAUCGACGGACGACUUCAAUGGGGCACAGUGUAAGGCGGUGUGUGUCGAGGCGGGCAUGAUUGCGCUGCGCCGAUCGGCAGUGUCCGUCAUACACGAAGACUUUAUGGAUGCGAUCAUGGAGGUGCAGUCGAAAAAGAAGGCAAAUCUGAAUUACUUUGCCUGAACGAUUGGUUUAGUUUAUAGUUUUUUUUCCUUAUAUAUCUUAAUUCAUCUCCUUAUUUAACUGGAUGCCUUUUCUUCUGGAUGAAUUUCAGUUAAAAUACUGGUAGAAAUUCGUUGGUGUUCAAAAAUAACUUCAAAUUACUCUGUGCUGCUAUCUGCUGAACUGGAAACAGUAAUGUAAUAAAGCAAACAAAUUCUUACACACCUAAUAA